CACGGUUCGUCUUCGGUCGAUUAUUUUAUUAUUUACGCAGAGCAAUUAUUAUUUUAUAACGAAAACAGUGAUUUGAGUAAAAAUUGUAUUACAAAAACAUAAUGAGUGAUUUACUGGAUGAAGAUUUGGAGUUCCGUGGCGGUACUCUUCAGCUGUCGACGGACACGAACGUGGCGGAGAAUUCAGAAAGUAAUCCUACUAAUAAUACGGAUAAUUUGGGAAGAAGGAAACCCCCUUCUAGUGUAAAUCCCUCGGUGUUGUCUGGUGCAAAUUCUUUGACUUCCUCUACGUCUUCCUUUGCCGAUGCCCGAGGUUCUGAGGAUCAGCUUAAUCCUGCAACGGAAGAGGCAACGGGUAUCCAAGCAGUGUUCCCUCGUUACGAUGUACCAUUUGACAAGGAGAACAUCAAAGACUUCUUUACAUACCGCAAGGGAGUUGUCGACACUGCCAUACAGGAGUGCAUCACGGCCCUGCUGUUCCCUGAAGAUGGAGAGUAUUUAGGAUCCUGGCUGCUUACUGAAAUAACUCUAUGGGACAAUGAAAAAGAGAGGAUUGUACUCCUGACCUCUAGACUGGUGAUGACCAUCAAAUAUGACUUCAUAGCAAUGAAGCAGCUCGACUUCAAGAAGACAUACUUAGAUGACCUGGACACCAUUGUCAUUGGAGACCUGGUCUAUCCUCCGUCAUCUUUAGUGCCAGAGCGCCACCUCCGGGGAGUGCGAUUGAUGUGGAACAAGGGCGAGCCUAUACCCUUGAAGACAGUGUGGAACCCGUUCAGCCAAGAUGUGCCAUUCCUCACGUUCGCCUCACAUCCCAUCUUCUGGCAUAAAGAGGGUGGUCCAGAAGAAAAGGCAACGUAUGACAUGGAAACAUUCGCCAUCAAGCUGCAAAGGGCGAUAGAAAACAUGACGUCAUCAGCGUGCUGUAUACACCAUUCCCCCAUAGUUAUACAGAGUUACGUAGGUGUGACGUCACUGCUUCACAACAAGACUAGCAUGGGAUUCUUCAAAGUCCGAGGCAAAUUCAGCUUCUAACUAAAGGUAUAUCUCAACGGUUAAUUUCUAUAGUGCUGGUACUAUUAGUACACCACUCGAGUGGUUCGGGACGGCCGUAGUUAGACGAAUAAAACUGAUAAUGCAUUAUUGAAAUGAUUUCGAUUUGGAAGUUCUUGAUUGCCUGGUUAUUGGAGCGGAUUAUGUUAUUAGCUAUAUUGAGUCCAAAUCCUGAGUACAUAGGUUUUGUGUAGGUAAUCUCGCUGCAUUGUUGGCCAUAUCAUCGUCUACCACCAGGCGACAUAGAGCUCAAACACAAUUUAAAAAUAAUCGAAU